UGCAUGUCUGGCGCCUGGUGUUUACCGCUUACAGUCUGCACUGUAGAUGUGCAUAAACCAUAAUUCAGACAUAAGAAAACUGUUCCGGAUACACAAAUGUAACAGCCUCUGCACUUAAUCCUACACGGGCUUUAACGGGCAUUGCAUUACUGAUACAUUUCAAAGAAGGUCUAAAUGAGUAAGGACGUCAUGUCACGCGUGGUAAAGAAGCGCCAGGCCGACCCCAGGGUGGUGCAGCACAUAUGGGAGGCCAUCGAAGUCAUCCGCAACCAGAAGCAAAUCGCCAACAUGGACAGGAUCUCCAAGUACCUGAGCCGGGUGUUCGGCGUGCACCCGAAGGAGACGGCACGUCAGCUGAGCCUGGCUGUGAAGGACGGGCUGGUGGUGGAGACCCUCACCGUGGGCUGCAAGGGUUCGAAGGCCGGCAUCGAGCAGGAGGGCUACUGGCUGCCGGGAGAUGAGGUGGACCCGACGGCAAAAUGCAGCAAGGACUGGGAGGCGGAGAGCCACGACUGGUACUGCUUUGAGUGCCACCUACCUGGGGAUGUGCUGCUGUGUGACAACUGCUUCCGGGUCUACCACCUCAAAUGUCUGUCUGAGGAGUACAAGCCCCGCGACGGCGCCGGCCAAUGGCAGUGCGCUGUGUGUAAGGGGAGCAAAAAGAAGAACUUAAACAAGCAGGAAAUGAGCACGUACCUGAGGUUCAUCGUCCAGAGGAUGAAGGAGAGGGCCAUAGACUUAAAUAAAAAAGUGAAAUACUCCAAACACCCGAAGUACCAGCGGCUAAUCCACACAGCGCUGGAUGUCUCCGAUAUACAAGAGAACGUCACUGAAGGGAAGUAUAAGAACUUCGAAGAGUUCAAAGCUGACGCCCAGCUGAUUGUACACAACACAGCCAUUCUGUAUGGAGUGCACAGCGACCAGGCCGAGAUAGCGAGGUUGCUGUACAGCGACACCUGCCACGAGCUGAAUGAGCUCCAGCUGUGUAAAACCUGUUUCUACAUGUCCAACGCCCGGCCCGAUAACUGGUUCUGCUACCCGUGCGCACCCGGUCACGAGCUCGUCUGGGCCAAGAUGAAGGGCUUCGGCUACUGGCCUGCAAAGGUCCUGCAGAGGGAACACAACCAGGUGGACGUCCGGUUCUUCGGUCACCAACAUCAGAGGGCGUGGAUCCCGGCGGAGAACACGCAGGAGAUCCAGGUGAGCGCACAGCAGCUGCAGGUGAAGCGCAGCACGGGCUGGAAGAAGGCCUGCGAGGAGCUGGAGCUGCACCAGCGCUUCCUGAGGGAGGGCCGCUUCUGGAAGGGCAAGAGCGCCCCCGAGGACCGGCACGAGGAGGAGGCCGAGUCCGGCAUCUCCUCCACCAGCAGCGAGCAGCUCAAGGUCAACCAGGAGCCCAAAGCCAAGAGAGGUCGCCGCGGGCAACACCCCGAACCCAAAGAAGAGGACCCCGAGCCGGAGGUGGAGGCGGUGAGCUCUAGCCAGGAGAUCCCGACCACGCCCCACCAGACGGAGAAGUUCUCGGUCGCCACCCAGACGAAGCGGGCGGGCACGGCCUCGCCCCGCACGCUGCACCGCGCCACCCAGACCAGCAACGACGGGGCCUGCCAGAACAUGUGCCACGAGAAGUACACCAAGAUCUUCAACGACGUCAAGGAGAUGAUGAAGGCCGACAACAAGCGCGAGACGGAGAGGGCGGUCAGGGAGGCGCUGGAGAAGCUGCGGGCAGAGAUGGAGGAGGAGAAGAGGCAGGCGGUGACGAAGGCGGUGUCCAGCGUCCAGGCGGAGAUGGAGAGGAAGUGCAAGCAGGUGAAGGAGAAGUGCAAGGAGGAGCUGGUGGAGGAGGUGAAGAAGAUGGUGGCUCAGCACAAGCAGCUCAUCUCCCAGACCAAGAAGAAGCAGUGGUGCUAUAACUGCGAGGAGGAGGCCAUGUACCACUGCUGCUGGAACACCUCCUACUGCUCCAUCAAGUGCCAGCAGGAGCACUGGCACGCCGACCACAAGCGCACCUGCCGCAGGAAGAGAUGAAGGCCCCACCCUCUCCCCGGCCAGCCCCGCCCCACGGUGGGCGGGAUCAUUCUGAACACGUGCCCACCCUCCCCCAUCCCACCGAAAGCUCAUCUCCAACAGCCUGCAACGACACUGUCCCAAAGACAGGACCUGUGCACUCAUCUAGGGUGCUUCCGUUCCCCGCCUUCGCCUCUCUCCUCCUUUACAAUGCCGGAGGUGACA